AACAGUUUUACCGUGGUAUUAGUGAACUCCGGAGAUCACAAAUAUUCAUCCUGAUUGAGCAUCGUCAGACCACCGUGAUCAGAAACACACGCACGGCACCAUGGCUGAUACCGAGGCAGCCCCAUUGAGCUCAGUGCAGAUCAACGCAGUGCAAGAGUCUUGGAAGAUUAUUGUGGCUAACUCCAAAGAAAACGGAGUAACUCUGAUAAAGAGAAUGUUAACGGAACAUCCCGAAAUCCUACAUUUGUUUUCCUUCGGUCGUUGUGGACUGAGUGGUGAGGCAAUCUUCCAACAACCAAUGUUCCAUCGACAUUGUCAGUACGUCAUGGAAUCACUAGAUGCUGCAGUCAACGGACUGAUAGACCUGACUGCAUUGGUUCCUGUGCUGGAGAAACUGGGCGAGAAGCACAAAUCAUUCCAAGUGAAAAGGGAGCAUUUUCAGUAUCUUCAGGAGGCGUUUGUUUUUAUGCUUCAGAAAGCCCUGGGCGACGAUCUGACGAAGAACUUAGCUGAGUCAUGGUUAGCUGUGUAUGCUGUUAUGGUGGAUACUAUGGCGUCCAAAAUGUAACGUAUAGUACUACGGGCAUUUAAGAGGUUGUUAGGCUGUAAUGGCGAAUACUAAUGGCGUCAAAAAACAACUCCAAACCCUUUCCUUCCGCCCUCCCGUGUAGAACAUUAUAAACAUGACGGUAGUCACGGCAGAUAACAACCUCGUUCCCAGAGUUUAUUUUCAACAUCGUUAUAACUGGAUCGAUACUUUUUGAUUCGAUCCUGCAAUAGACUAUUAUCAUUUUGCGGCCAUUUGAAUUUUUCCCAUUCAAAUCAACGUAACCAAAGCGAGGCUGGAAGGAAAAAUAGUCUGGUUCCUUUAA